CAUUUUGGUUGUUUAAGCUAAUCCUGCUAGGCUAACUGCUGUGGCUUUCGGAGCUGAUGCAGACAUGGAUGACGGUGACGAUCUCGGAAUAGUUCUCUCGCACAACACUUCUGGCUCCAAAUCGGGCGGCGACAAGAUGUUUUCACUAAAAAAGUGGAAUGCUGUUGCUAUGUGGAGUUGGGAUGUGGAAUGUGAUACUUGUGCCAUUUGCCGGGUGCAAGUGAUGGAUGCUUGUCUCCGGUGCCAGGCGGAAAACAAGCAAGAAGACUGUGUUGUGGUUUGGGGAGAGUGUAACCAUUCCUUCCACAACUGCUGCAUGUCCCUUUGGGUGAAGCAGAACAAUCGCUGCCCCCUCUGCCAGCAGGACUGGGUGGUUCAGAGAAUCGGCAAAUAAGGCCAGCACCUUGGCGACGUGAUUCAAAGACGUCACCUACGGUGGACACAGAUAUGGCCGUGAUCAUUGCGACGCCCCGUGCAGAGCCGUGGUCGACAACUCGCCUUGGCCAUUUGAUUGCAUGUUCCAGUACUCCCAGUGUCAGAGGCAGGCAGUAAACCAACCAGGUGGAUCCCACAAAACUCUGACUCACGGCUCACGAUUGGUGUGCAAGGACACAGAGUCAUGAGGAGAAAGCGGGUGACACUUUGCAGUUUGGGGUCAUUUAUUAGCUUUUCAGGUUUUGUUUGUGGAAGUGUUCGCCACACGUUAAAUAUGUGACUGUAAUUUUUAGGAAUAAAAGUUGGUGUAAAUUGA